AUGGCCGGGGCGGUGGGGGCGGCUCGAAUGGGAACUGUGGCGGAGGAGGCGGAGGCGCCGGAGGAGGAGGAGGGGGAGGAGGAGGAAGUUGUAGCGGAGGUGGCGGUAGGGGUAUCGUGGUCGGUGGGGCUACCUACGAUGAGCAUGUCACCGCCGCACAAUUAUCCGUCGCCGGGCGCGGGACUGCAACCGAGUCCGCUCUCACCUCAGAGCGCGUAUAGCCAGAGCGGCCUCAAUUCGCCGCAUAAGUCGUCCGCGAGUCCGCAUUACGACCCGGCUUUUCUGCCGCGAUUACAACAGAGCCCGGCGGCGCUUAGCCCGUCCUCGCCGCCGGCUGUCUCGGCUACGGCGAGUUUCGCGCCAUCCCAUCAUUCCCCGCCUGGCACGCAUUCGGUGCCAAGCGCGGCAUCGCCGCCACCAACUAUGCAGACGCAACUGCAGCAGCAGCAGCAACAGCAGCAACAACAGCAGCAGCAACAGCAGCAACAGCAGCAACAACAACAGCAGCAGCAGCAACAGCAGCAGCAGCAACAACAACAGUCGAUGCCACAGCAGCAGACGAUAUCGCACACGCAGCACGUGCAACAUACGUCGGUGGUGAUGAAGACGGUGUCAGCGGCGGGCAACGGCGGCGCCGGCGAGGUCGAGGAAAUCAACACGAAGGAGCUCGCACAGCGCAUUAGCGCCGAACUCAAGAGGUACAGCAUACCACAGGCGAUCUUCGCACAGCGGGUGCUGUGCCGCAGCCAGGGCACCCUCAGCGACCUGCUACGCAAUCCAAAGCCCUGGUCCAAGCUCAAGAGUGGUCGCGAGACCUUCCGGCGGAUGUGGAAGUGGCUGCAGGAGCCUGAGUUUCAGAGAAUGUCGGCCUUGCGGCUAGCAGCCCUGAGCAACUGCUCUGAGAGCGGAGGCGAGCCGGACGCCAUGCUGGACAUGCACCACCCAGGAACCGGGAUCGACUCGCACCAUCCGCAGUUUCACAACUCCUAUGCUGCACAGAUUCCACAACGCGGAACAUGCAAGAGGAAAGACGAGAUGGCGAACCAGGCAGAACACCAACAGCCCGCCCCCAAGAAACCGCGGCUGGUUUUCACAGACCUUCAGCGCCGUACUCUACAGGCUAUUUUUAAAGAGACCAAGAGGCCGUCGAAGGAGAUGCAGGUGACAAUCGCGAGGCAAUUGGGCCUGGAACCGACGACGGUUGGGAACUUCUUCAUGAACGCCCGACGCCGUUCCCAGGACAAAUGGAAGGACGAGGAUCCGAAGGCGGUCGCGGUCGAGGAGGAACAGUUGUCGCCCACGAUAGGGAUCGGCCAGCGCCAACCGAGCGACGUUUUGUGACACACGUCCGACCACGAGGAGUACCACGACGAGUCACCCGACGAGGAGCUGCCCUUCUCGUAAGGGCGGCGUAUUACCUCGUGGACGUAUCCCUGCUGACACGCUCGAGCCUUAUAAACGACCUCUCCGCGCGACACGCCUUGCAAAUUUUAUCCUGGUCUUCAUAAGUCAUGUCUAUCUCUCUAAUAUUUCGGAGAUAUCGCUGAUUAAUUGGCUAUUUAAAACUAACUCAACGAAUAUCUCCAGAAUUAUCUUAUUUAUUCGAUGAAUAAAUAAACGAGAGACUUUAUUAAGCUUUUUGAUAUUUAGCCGUUGAUAGACAAUCAGCUUGGAGCUCAAAAUCAAAUUUAAACUCGAAGAAAAUUUUAAAUAUUUAGACGUCCUUCAAAAAUACCUGAGAAAAUAUAUUAUAAUUUUUGACGUUCGGCCAUUGAUAAAUAAUCCACUUGAAGCAAAGUGAGAUUUUACACUCGGAGAAUUUUUAAUAUUUGCUCAUACAGAUUUCCAAAGGACGUCCUAAAGAAUGUUCAGAGAAUGUUCUGAGAACGUUUCUAGAACGACUCUUAAAUAAAGUAUGCUGUAUGAAUAUACAUCCUUCGCAAAUAUCUGAAAGAUAAUUUUGGCCAUUGAUAAACAAUCAACUUGGAGCAAAGCCAAAUAUAAACUCGAAAAAUUUUAAAUAUUCUAUACAGCACAGAUCUCCGAAGGACGUCUUAAAGACGUUCAGAGAAUGUUCUCGGAAUGUUCUCAAAAUGUUUCUCGAAUAAAAUACACUGUGUGUUUUAGUCAUUGAUAAACAAUCCACUUGGAACAACGCAAAAUUUCAACACUCGAAGUAUUUUAAAUAUUUAUAUACAGCACAGAUCUUUAAAGGAUCAUCAAAGGACAUCUUAAGGACGUUCAGAGAAUGUUCUCAAAACGUCUCUCGAAUAAAGUGUGCUGCGUGAGUAGACGUCCUUUGCAAACACCUGAGAUUAAUUUACGUGCAGAAAUUAGAAAAAAUCGAAUUGCAAUAUCAUCGUUUCAUGUAAAUGCUGAGCGUGUCGACGAUUGUCUUUUAAGAUCGAGCUGUGUCAAAGCAGGAGCGUCCUAACCGCUGAAUGCGAUCGAUCAUUACGAAUCCCGCAAAGCGAUCCGAAUCAGAUCCAUCAAAGUACGAUCUUACGUUUCUGUUUUCUUUUUAUUAUUUUUUUUUUGUUUUUUUCUUUAGGCUAGUGAAUUCCCGAGUAUUUAUGAUCGACAGAUCGUUUCACGUUAAAGCUCUUAAAUCGACGUUCGAAGUCGAGAAACGAGACGAGUCGAUGUCCGAGUAAACGAGCUGGAGGAUAUCGAUUACAUGCAAUAAUUUCUACUUAAUUUUUCACACGAGAGUUCUCCGUAUUUAUAUAUGUAUUAUUCUCACACACACACACACACACACACACACACACACACACAAUUUGUCUCUCACGUUAAGCGGGCCGUCUCUCUCGACGACGAGCUCUGUUGGACUUAGUUUUAAGACUCGCAUUUUAACGACUCGUCGCGUAUCUCGACUUCGGUCACUUUGCAAACUUCGUGCCAUAGUUUGCCAUAUUAGCGUAAGUUAAUCCGUUAAACUCGGCGCUUCGUGCCUGAUUCUUAGCGUUCUAGUCCACUGUAAUAAGUUCCAAGAGGGACUGCCUGCCCCGUCAGACUGGGGACCAGAGGUGGUUCCUCAUCUCUAGUCAAAAUUCAGAAGCUCGAAUUCUGAAUCCACCCCUCAGCGCCGGAAGUGCGAGGGGUGGUCGAAAGCGCCCGUGUUGUUUUUCUUUAUUUUCUUCUUCCUUUCGCGCAGGUCGCGCGCGGCUGAAGUCGAGUUUAUUCGCCGCCCCCGAAACGGGGGGCGUUUAGUCUAGCCUGUUACCUUGUUUUUCUUGUUCUUUUUUAUGUAAGAGUAGAAAUCGGUCGCUGCUUUAAGUGGGAUAUCGCGAGGGCGAACGUCGAGUAAAACUGCACGAAAGGGCGCUCUGACAAUCGGAGGCGAGUAAAUACUUAGAAAAGCUCGUUUUCCACUUUUUCUUAAUCCUCGAGACUAUGCCCUGCCCUUUACUUUACCGCAUCGGUAAAGCGCGAAAGUUCGAAGGGUCUCCGAAUGCCCGAUCGAGAUACGUCACGAGCUAAAGCAGCGACUUGGUGAUCGCACCAGCGAUUGAAUCCUACUGCGUGCGUUAACGCUUUUGUUCGAGAUUAAGUGCAUUUUAUUUCGUUCACUGGUUCAUAAAUGACUGGCGAUUUCCGAUACUACACGGGGGUGUACUUAAAGUCGCGGCGCUUCCUCUCGCGGAUUUCUCGAGACGCACUCGAGCUCGCCUCUUCUUCAGUUUCAAGUAGAACACAUCAAAAUAACAUCGAAAGGGACUAUUAAAACACUUUUCAAAUUCACUUUUCAAUCAGUCUGCUUGACAUGAAAAUGACGUCGCAAUGACUUCAAAAUGACCACUAAAAAUCACUUUUCAGUAACAAUUCAUUUUAACGUCAUUUUGACAUCAUCGUGGCUUAUUGUUCUGCUUAGUGGUUCGAAUCGAAACCUUCAACAUCGGACAUAUUAUCGAUAAUUCAAUUUCAAAUUGUAAAACCAUAUUUCUAUCUCAGUUUAAUAGAGAUGGACCGAGCGCGAUCAAGAGGAAGAACGCGACUUUCUUACGCACUCCGCGCGCAUGUAUCGUUAAAAACAAAACAAAAAAAAAAACAAACCGAAAAAUCCUUCCCCUCGAAGGAUCGAACAGCAUUUUUUCCACGAGUAAACGGUUAGCGGUAAGGUUCGAUGAUGAUCGCGCAAUCAGCGGCGCGCUAAAUGCGCGACCGGGCUCGUCGUGUCCUCGUUGGUCAGACGAAACGUGAACCAAUUUUCAAAGUGGCUUCGUGUGAGGGUACACGUGCCAAGUGAUAUAUAUAUGUAUGUAUAAACAUGUAUAUCAGAGAGUGGACACUCUUUUGUGCGAACCGAUGGCGGGAGGGAGGUUUAGUGGGGAAAGGAAAGAACAGAGGGAUAGAUAGAAAGAGAGAGAGAGAGAGAGAGAGAGAGAGAGCAAUUUUUAAAAUGGGUGGCUGCACCGCUGUGUACGAGAGACAGAGACAGAAAGAAUGAGGGAGAGCCUGUGAGAAAGAGAGAGAAAGAAAGAGCGAGAGAAAGAGCGAGAGAGAGAGAGAGAGAGAGAGAGACUUUAGCGAGCCGCACUCGAUAUCGUACUGCAAUUGUGCUGUGCUAUUGUACAUACUUAAAAAAAAAAAAGAAGAAAAA